AUGAACCGCACAUCACUAUUUCUUCUGCUUCUCUGCGGGCUGGUAGCGCUCGUCAGUGCCAAUUCGCCAACGUUCUGCAAAUGCACCUGCUUCAAGAACAGCACCAUCGUCGCUCUCGGCCCCAAGCACCAGGACGGUAACACCGGAACCGCCCCGUCCCGCCGCGACUCCGCCUCGGAUAUCCACGCCCGCGCCGCGUCGGCGUCCUGCUCCCAAUGCACAAAGGCCUUCUGCCUCAGCAGCGGCAUCGACUUCUGCCGCGACGCCACUGAGGAGGUCGUCCAGACGAUGUGCUUCCAGCGUGACAGCAACAAGGACCGCUUCAUCGUCUGGGGUUUCAUCCUCGGCACGACAGGCCUGCUGGGCUGGGCCGCCUUCAAGAGAGCCAACGAGCUGCGCGAGGGGAAGCGCGCGGCCGAGGCGGCCAGGGCGGGCGCCGCGAGGGGAGACUACAGCCCGUUGACGCCUGCGCGGCCGAAUUGA